GAAUCGUGAAUCAUGUAUAAAGUCGCUCAACGUUGCUUGAAAUUUCAGUUUAUCAACAGUAUCGAAUAAACAUGAAGCUGAAAACGAUUGUGUUCAUUGCAUUGGCUCUUCCAUGUUUGGCGUUUGGGUCAUCGGAAAGUGAUUCCAAAUCCGAAUCAUCUGAAUCAUCAGAGGAAACAAGAGCUGAUUCGAAAACCUGUACGGCCCCACACGAGAUAUAUAUUCGUUAUUCGCAGAAGUGUACGCUAAAUUGUCACAAUUGGUCCGAAUGGAUUAGGGAUGUUGAUCGCACAUUUGACCGCUGUCUCAAUCCGUGUCAUUGCGAGGACGGAUACAUCCGCAGGGAAAAGGACGGCCCUUGCAUUCCGAUCAUGGAGUGCGAACCCUUUCGCAAUGCAGAUGAAUAUGAGAUUCUUGACAUGGACGAAUAGUGACUGGCAAAAUAAAAGACCUUAAAUAAUA